GAGGAGCUGAAAGAGCUAGGCAGAAGGCACAGGAGAGCCAGCUUGAAUCCUGCAACAGAUCGUUCUGAAAGAAAUAAAUCUGACCACCGUUCUUCAGGCCCAGGCCCCCUGUCAUCUAUUAAAGCAGCAAUCAAGAGGAAGUGACUAGCUGCAGCUGAAGUCUAUGGGACCAGAUGGCAAUUGGGCCAGGCAGGCUGAUGGAAAGGACCUUACUUUCUUUCCUCGCUUCUCCCUUGGGGAUUAUACCCAUUUUGUAUUCUAAUCUUUCCCACUAUUUAUCUUCACUCUUGGUUGCUGAAAAUUGUGCUUAUGUGUCGUUUCAUCCAGUGUAUUUAUUUUUAACAAGAUACUGUAUUUUCCUCUUACCAACCGUGUUUUGCAUGUUUCAUGAGUGUAUUUCCUUUUGACUGUUUCCACAUCAAAUGUUUUGCUAGCAUUUUUUGGUGUCUGUGUUCCUGGGUUUUAAUAGUUUUCGGUUCAGUGGAUAGGUGGAUUGAAGAUAUUUUUCCAUACAAAUUAAAUAUCAGACCUACUAAUGUGCAUACAUAUUAGGAUUAAUAGAAGAUUUGGCAUGAAAAAGGAGAAACAUUCAUCAUAUCAGUUGCUGUCAGGAAGUAUUAAGAAAAUUGUGAGUUAAGUUUUUUUUCUUCUUUCCCCAUGGAGAUCCAAUUUAGCAGGAAUCUUUAGGUCCAUCUAGAUCACAAAAUUAGCUUUGUUAUGAACAUGUUGGAUCGUGACACACUAAUGUUGUUCUAUGGAUUACAGAAUUCAAAUCUGAAAGAACUCAGAUUGGAGUAAUAUUUUCUUUCUUUAGACAAAUCACCCUUCAUUAAUCUGAGUAUUCUCAUAGCCUUGUAUGCCAGAAACAUCCAUCAUUCUAAAAAUGACUGUGGAAACACUGGCCAAGAGAGCUUUUUCUGGCUUUGUACCCUUAGUCCUUGCAGGGUACAGAGUCCUUGAAGCUGCUUUUGAAGGUUGGUAGACUGAAUGUUCAGUGUAGUAUGAAGGGCUGCAGUAGGAAAGGAAACCAGACAACCCUCUCCCAAGCAAAAGUGCUUCUUGCUCUUGCAUGGUGUUCUGUCUCGACAAGCGUGUUGGGAGCAGAAUCUAACUAUGAUAUGAGCAGAUUUGGUAGAAACUUUUACAAGGGAGUUUUUAUCCCAGGAGGAUUGCAAAGGAACUACCGGUACCUAGUGUAAGCUUGUGUAAUAUGCCUGUCCUCCCUUUUUGAAAGAAUGGUUUCUUGCAUAUGGUUUAAGGGACACUCUGAACCCUUACCGUGGUUCAGGACAAAAGAAAGAAACAUCUUCACAAAUUCCAGAAUGUAAAGCUAAGGAAAGCUUAAAAGGAGUGUGUGGUUAAUUCUCAUGUAAACCCAGUCUAUUUUCAUAGCAAAUGUUGACAAGAGAAAAACUUAAAACUCUGUCACAAAACUGAUAACCCUAAAACACAGAUUAAACUUGCUACCAUUGCAGAUAAAAUGAUUUGCAUGUUGUUCUGGACUGCAAAACAUGAUACUUCUAAGUAGCAGACUCAAGCUCCACUUAAACUCAGCAAUAUGACGUGGUUUCAGAUAACUGUCUUUGUCCUGGAACAGUGCACUAAAGCAAGGGGAACUCUAGCUGAUGAAAUAUACUGUUAAAAUAAAUAUUAAGUUGCUGCUUAAACAACAAAAACAAAACUAAAUUUGGAAUUUGUUCCUUUUAAAACAAACAAGCAUUUUAAACAAUUGCUGGAGUUUUCCUUGGCAGUAGGAAAUACUGUGCUAUCUUUGUGCAACUAACAACGGCAGUCCAGCUUUUUAUAGUUAGCAUGGUUUGUUCUUUUUUUCUUUCUCACUUUCUCUUCCUCUGCUGUUAACCCCUUCUCUUUUUCCUCUAGCACUCAUGAAUAGUGCACAUCAAAUAUGCCCCGUGGAAGAGCUUCUCGGACAUCUGGUCACAGCGAACAGCAAAGAGAAAGAAGGCGUCCUGAAAUUACAAUAGUUGCAGCUGAGCCACUUGGGCCAUCCACCUGGUUUCCAGGUGGAAGUCAUGUCCCUCAACAGGGACUAGUGUUUCAGUCUUCUCACACCCAGGCUCCUUGGAGAACCAAUGAACUUGUUCCAGCUGAGCCACCUUCUUAUGAGCAGGUAAUCAAAGAGAUCAAUCAAGUGCAAGUCAACACAACCAGUAACAAUAAUGCCUCUGGUGCUGCUAAUUCUAGAUGUACUGCUACAUCUUCAACACAGACAGACUUUCCAGAAGAGAUAAUCAGCAGUUUGCCAGGGAUUAAUGUGAAAAGUAAUCUGCAUAUUCUCUGUGAAUGUGAAACCACUCCAGCUAUACAAAUUCCUUGCAAGCCACCCAGACCUUCAUCAUCUCUGCUGUGCAACAAUCCUUCAAAAAAUGAGGAACUCCUAGUUGUCUUGGAAGAGCAGACAUGUCAAGAGAAACCCAAUGCUGUGGUAUGUCCAGUGCCAAAACCAAGAUCAAAAGGCAAUCUGAAACCUGUUGUUAGAGAUACUCAGAAUAACGCACAAGACAAUCAGGACGAAGCAAGCCAGUCAAAGAGUGAAAAGGACACCUACUCAAUUCAUCUGGUAUCACUACUAGAUGACAGCUUUUGGGAUAGUCAUAUGGUGACAGAAAGUAUGGAUACAGACAAGAGCCAAAGUAGCAUAGUAUCAAGGAUUAAAGCUUUUGAACAGCAAGUGAAUACAGAAACAUCAGGAUUAACAAAGAAGCUCGAAAUUUCUCCACGCUCAUUAGGCCCCAAGCCCAUAGUUAGUGCAAAAAAACCUGUGGUAGCACCAAAGCCAGGGGUUAACAGGGCUUCAGGUGAGUGGGAUUCAUGGACAGAAAGCAAAUUAAAGGCCCCCUCGCAGGAAAAGAAUGCUCAGCCUCAGGAAGUCAGGAGCAGCAUUAUAACCAAGCCUGAACUGCCAAAGAAACCCAAACCAGGUAUUGUAAAAAGCAGUAGCAAUGGGCUGCUCAAUGCAGGGACCCAGUCGGCUGCAGAGAACAGUGAAGGACCGAGAAAAUCCCCCACUCCUGCUCCUAGGCCACUUGUUCCCAAGAAGUCACUCUCUUUUGAAAGCCCUGCUCUUCCCAUGGUUCCACUGAAACCAGCAAGUGUUGCUCCCAGGCUCUCCGUAGCUUCCCAGUCAAAUGCCUUCAGAUCACUGGGGGAGCCUCCUGCAAGCAACCUUUCAGCACCUUCAUUGCCAAGUACACCAUGUGGGGAAGGAGAUCUAAUUAGCUUUUGUGAUGAUGUUUUACCUCGUAACCCAUUUGGGGAUGUUCAAGAAUUUACCUGCUCAGAAUCAGGGCUUGCCAAUUUGGCCUCCAGAUAUGAUCCUGGAAAAGAACAAGCAAUUCAACCACCUAUUUUGAGAAAACCAACUGUGAUUCGAAUCUCAGCUAAACCAGCAAAAGCUUCAAAUGAAGUUCCUGAAAACCCUCCACCGCUUCCUAUAGAGAAGCCAAUUGGGAACACAUGUGGCAUUGCAACUGGAAAACCCAGUAACAUCAAAACAACAAAAAAGGUGGAAUCUGAGAAUUCUGAUUUGACACAAUCAUUCAAGAAUGAACCUUCUCCCCCAAGAUCUGUUGAGGGGAAAAUCAUGCCAGUGCGGCCUCCCCCACCAAAGGGUGCACCAGGAAGGCCGCCACCACCAAAGUCCACCAAGUCCUCAUCGCAAAUGAACAACUUUCCUCGCUCAUCAUCUGACAUGGUCCUCCAUAAAAAACAAAGUAUUUAUGGAUUAGGAGUCAAGAGGUCAAAGAGUCAGGGUAUUAAAAAUCAAGAUCCAACAUUACCUCCUCGACCUAAGCCAGGUCAUCCUCUCUACAAUAAAUACAUGCUUCCUGUGCCCCAUGGAAUUGCCAAGGAAGAUAUUUCUCCCCAAAGUACUGGACAUCUCUCCUGUAAGCGUGGAGACGUACUCGUGUUGAUGGACCAUGUUGACAACAGUUGCGUUGAAUGCCAAAAGGGAGAAGAAACAGGCAAAGUUCAGUUAUCCCAGAUGCAGAUAAUAACUCCACUGGAUGAGAGUUCAAAAGGCAGACAAAGGGAUUCAGACAAUAUGCGGAAGGUUUCUGGCACAAGUGUUCCUCAUGCGGUUGUGCUGCAUGAUUUUGUAGCAGAACAUCCUGAUGAUUUGGGCCUCAAUUCAGGGGAAACUGUUUAUCUUCUGGAGAAAAUAGAUGAUGAGUGGUACAGAGGAAAAUGCAAGAAUCGCACAGGGAUAUUUCCUACCAGCUUUGUCAAAGUUAUUGUUGAUAUUACAGGAGAAAGCAACAGGAAGAAAGUGCAGUUUGCAUCAUCAAAUAUUACAGGCCCUAGAUGUAUAGCUCGAUUUGAAUACAUUGGCGACCAGAAAGAUGAACUAAGCUUUUCAGAAGGUGAAAUUAUUAUUUUGAAGGAAUAUGUUAAUGAAGAAUGGGCCAAAGGAAAACUGAAAGGCAACUCUGGAAUUUUCCCCCUGAACUUUGUGGAAAUUAUUGAAGAUCUGCCAGAACAAGACCAUGGGGCACUACUGAAGAAUAAAAAAGAGAAUUCUACAUCUGUGGCACAGAUGGAAGGGCAUGCUGGAGAGUGGUGUGAUGCACUCCAUGAUUUUACAGCAGAAACCCAGGAAGACUUGUCCUUUAAAAAGGGAGACCACAUCUUGAUACUAGAGCACUUGGACUCAGAAUGGUACAGAGGAAGACUAAAUGGGAAGGAAGGAAUUUUCCCAGCAGUCUUCGUCCAUGUUUGUUCAGGAGGAACAAAAUCAUCACAGCUUUCAUGUGGGAAGAAAGUUAAAGCCAAGGCCCUGUAUGACUUUCAUGCUGAUAACAUAGACGAACUUUCUUUCAAAGCUGGUGAUAUGAUAACAGAAGUGGAAUCUGUAGAUGAAGACUGGAUGAGUGGAGAACUACGUGGCAAAUCUGGAAUAUUUCCCAAAAACUUCGUCCAGAUUCUACAACCAUCCUGAGGAUGAACUCUAGUUCUGGGUAAUCUGCCUAUAUAAGGGAAUACUUCAACAGCACAAAAGCACAUUAUACUCCAAGCAUCAGAGAGCCUGUCAUCUGUGAUCACUUUACCUAACCUUUUGACUAUCAAAUGUAUUUUUGCACUAUUUUUAUAAAAGCAUACCAGAUUGUACAUUUUAUUGUUUUUUCACAAAACACUUUAGAGCCCCACCUCCUCAUUGCUCCAAGGAGCAGCAUUUGGUACAAAACCCAACUACUUGCUACCUGCAUUUUGGCAUUUUUUUCUAACAAACCAUUGAAUAUUCAAAUACUGCUUAAGUGGUAUCUCUUCAUUCCCAUUGCAUACGCCUCGCUACGCUUAAUAGUAAUUCUAUUGCUGUGUUAGCUGGGGCAGCAGUGGACCCUUGAUGUACAAUUACUGGGAAGAGCAGGGUUUUUACUUUUUUAAGAGAUCAACUACUAUGUUACAUGAUUAUGGCCUCAUGCUGUGCCUACAAAGAAACUUCCAAGAAUGUCAUCGCUUCUACAGGCAACUAGCUGAAUUACUUAAUUCCGUUACGCAAGUUCUUUAUCCAGAGUCUGCCUCAUCCAUCAUAAAUGCAUCAGGUUCGAUUUCUUUCUGUCUUUUAGGUAUUUUUAAAAUCACAUUGCAACAUCCCUGCCAUGUUUUUACAGCAUUUUCCAUUUCCUAGGAAAAAAUGUUGUUGAAAGAUGCUCAUUGUUUUGAGAUUUAAGUGUUUGAAAAAGCCAGUUUAUGAAUAUGGGAAAACAAGCCACACUACCACCAUUCACACUUUGCCCUGUGAGUUAAUUUGCAUCAAAUUAUUAGAGUAUGUUGCAGCUGCUUCUUGUUUUGCUUUCUUUCAUUGGAUUUGUCUCCCUGCUCCCCAAACCUGUGUGUAACACCCCAGCCAUGAGUUGUUUGAAAACACUGAGAUUGGUUGUGCUUCCCUACUUUUUUCACUCAAUUCUUAAACUGAAGCUUGUUGAGAUGAUAAAAGGAAAACAGCAACCAGAUGGCUACAUUGCACUCAUCCUGUAUUUGUAAGCUACAGAUCAGUGCUAAGUAAUUCUCAUUACAUCCUCUAAUUAGUGUAGGAAACAAGCACAUUAUGCUUAUGCGUAAUAAAUCUUAUUAAGCUUCAGACAGCAAGCAUAAAUCUAACCUGAUCAAGAAACAAUGAAACUCCAAAAGCAACUACAGCACCUGAACAAGUCUGACACAGUUCAGAAAGCUUAUUUGAAGGUGCCCUAUAUGGAAGGCACACCACCCUGUGGCAACAAAUCUGUUGUGGCAUAAGUAGGUAUCAGGAAAUGAAGCUCUCUCCCUCAAGCUUUCCACCUUCAGAUAGAUUUUGACAUGCUGCCUCAAACAAGCAAUCUACAACCUGCAUCCUGGGAGGAUACAGUAAACUUUUGAGAUAGUCUGGAAUUUGGACCAGUAUGGAUAUUUUGCUGUUCAUUUAAUAUCUCUAUUUUCUUCCUAUUGCUUAUUACAUAAAUGCAAUGAAGUUACCAGGUGAAGGGCAGGGGAAAGACUUGUUGAAUGGCAGCAAGUUUUGAUCUGGUCCGUACUUGGAUAGGUGGCUACUUAGGACCCAAAUAUAAGUGAAUGGAAGACUGGUGAUAUAUGAAAAAAAUGUAUUGAAGUUUUAUCUGAAUACAAUAAGCAUAAUUAACAAUGGCUAAACAUGAAAAGUAUUGGACCAAGUUGCAAAGAAGUAGUCACAUGCUACUUCUCAGAUUACAGUGGCUACAAUCCUACUGGCUCAGAGUUAACACGAAGGGCCAUAACCAUGAAAAUCUUAAUUUUUGUGCAAUAGUAAAUAACCUGCUCUUGGAAAAGGUGGAUUUAUUUUGAUUGACCUCAUUUCAGGAUUGCAUUCUUUUUUGGAUUAACUAGUUAACAUCAUCAUAUCAGUUUUAACUGUUUACACUUAAGGCUAUUGUUGACAAUUUUUGUGCAGCCCACAAAAUUAAUUAUUUCAUGCUCUCUACCUUUUUUUAGAAAUUUCUGGCUAGUUGAAGCUUGUAUAUAGUUACAUAGUUUAUCUGCUAACUUCUCUUUAGACAAAGUAUGUAUUAUUGGUUAAUAUAAAUUCUCUAAAGAGGGAAGAGAAGAAAUAAAGGCUUGUUCAUAUGAGAUUCUUCCUUCAUCUGCAAGAUGAAAUAAGUAGUAAAAUCACACUCAUUCCCCUGUACCUACAAGUAAAUGGCCAAUGGAGGAUCCUGAAGGUAUUCUCACACAGGAAAUUAAACCCUCCAUAUAAGGGAGUUAAUUUCAACAAACGGGAAAAUUGCUUAAUUAAGUAACUAGUGUUAUUGCAUUUAACAUUAUGUACUCUAGUGAUUUCAUAGCAAUUCAGUAUUUUGCACAAACCUAGGUUGCAUAACUCUGGGUUUAGUGGAGUUGGUUGAAUCUACAAAGAUUUUGGAUCCAUAUUAAACAUGCAUUUAUUUUCCAUUUCUCAAUAUGCUUCUGGUUAUGUGUCAGCAUAUUGUCAUUCUAGAAGUCCAUCCAGUCCCUUUGUAUAUAGAUACUGUAAAGCGUCCAUGGGUUACAUGAACAAAAGUUCUCACUUACUCUCCAAGGAAUCAGUAUAUCUGGUACAUGCAUUUACCAGCACUGUACAAUUCCCUAUCACUUGAGCGGAGAAGCAGUUCUAUCACCUGCAACAACCACCUUUGUUCAGUUCACACUGUAACACUAAUUGCCAUAUCUCAGCUUUAACCAGAUUUACCUUUUAUCAAAGCUGUAUACACCAGUCUGUACACUUUGAAAAGUGGUAUUGACAUAACUUAAUCAAGUGGUAUUUUGGGGCGUUAUCCUGAAAGCCAAUUCCAAACAGAUUGUUAGAGUGCAGUGUUUACUUUUUGAUGACUAUUUCCUUGUGUUUUCAUACAAAUAUUUUCAGCAAGUAAUGCUUUUGACAUUUUAGAUAGCUGAAUUGCUUGGGGGUUUUUUUGUCCUUGUUAAUGAAAAAGCAUUAAUUACUAUUUAAGUUAGACAUGAAUAACUAUUACAUCCAUUAGCAUUUCAUAUAUUUAAAUAGGCAUCUGGUUGAGCAAUCCUUGUAUUCUCCCAAGUCUGAACUGAUUGCCAAAUCCAGCAUUUAACUCCAACAGUGCCAUCUAAAGGGCUCUAACAAUUUUAGUUGUGUAUAAACUCAACACAUUAAAUGCAUUUAACUUUAACAACUUUUCAGAAUGAAAACAUGGUUAUGCAUUAUACAACCUAAACUCUCAACUGAAUAAAAGUUCAGUUCAGUGAGAGGAAGCAGGACGUUACUGUCUAAAUCCUAAAUUGUAUGUUAAAUUAAUAUGCAAUAAAUCUGGAGCUUAAAAAAGACUUUCCAUCUAUCAGAUUUAUGUACAAGAGCCAUUUUGCCUUCUACAAGUUCAUAUUUCUCCUUUCAAUCUGUUAUGGUACCAGUAAACUUGUAUUUAACUAAUAAACCUUGUUUGUCUGAAAGUG